UGCUAGACAGAGAAACCCAUUCCAUGACGCUCUCUAUGCACUGUUGUUGUGGUAAUCUGAAGUUUGGAGUUUGGAGGUCUUUAGCUAUUGAUUCUGCAGACAGUUGGGACUUCUGUGUGCUUCACCAUGCGCUGACCCCUCUCUGUCAUUUUAUGUGGCCUACUACUUCAUAGCUGAGUUGCUGUUGUUCCCAGUUGCUUCUACUUUGUUAUAAUACCACUAACAGUUGACUGUGGAAUAUUUAGUAGCAAGGAAAUUUCACAGAUGGACUUAUUGCACAGGUGACUGACAACCUAUCACAGUACCUCGCUUGAAUACAGUGAGCUCCUGAGAGCGACCCAUUCUUUCACAAAUGUUUGUAGAAGCAGUCUGCAU